AGCAAGGCAUUUACAAUGUCUGGUCGUGGCAAACAAGGAGGCAAGGCUCGCGCCAAGGCCAAGACCCGCUCCUCCCGGGCGGGCCUGCAGUUCCCUGUGGGCCGCGUGCACCGCCUGCUCCGAAAGGGCAACUACUCGGAGCGCGUGGGCGCCGGCGCCCCGGUGUACCUGGCGGCCGUGCUGGAGUACCUGACCGCCGAGAUCUUGGAGCUGGCGGGCAACGCGGCCCGCGACAACAAGAAGACGCGCAUCAUCCCGCGCCACCUGCAGCUGGCCAUCCGCAACGACGAAGAGCUCAACAAGCUGCUGGGCCGCGUGACCAUCGCGCAGGGCGGCGUCCUGCCCAACAUCCAGGCCGUGCUGCUGCCCAAGAAGACCGAGAGCCAUCACAAGCCCAAGGGAAAGUAAGUCAGUGAGCGGAGCAUUAAAAAAAACAAAC